CUUCGAUCGUCAAACGAAUUCAUAUCAAUUGCUGACAAGCCCUAUCAAUCGAUUCCAUUCCGUGUAGCAAAUCUAUAUUCUCUUUCUUCUUUGUAUUCAUUGCUCCUUCUUCAGCGGCACCGAGCUUCACUUCGUGAGCACCGUCAACACCCCGUUCCCGCACAAUGGCAGCCAAACGUCAAUACGACCUCGUCCUCCUGGGCGCGACUGGCUACACUGGCAAAUUGACCGCUGAAUACAUCACGUCCAGCCUCCCGACAAACAUCAAAUGGGCCAUCGCCGGGCGCAAUCAAUCCAAACUACAGUCUCUGGUCAACGACUUGAAGUCUCUCAAUUCGUCGCGCUCUGCUCCCGAUGUCAUCACGGUCGCCAAUCUCACCGCCCCUGAAAUGACCACGCUCGCCAAGAGAACCAGAGUCCUCCUCAAUACUGUCGGACCUUACCAUCUUUACUCAACUCCUGUGGUCGAGGCAUGUGCUCAAACUGGUACCCACUAUGUCGAUGUCACUGGUGAGACUCCCUGGGUCAGAGAAAUCAUCACCAAGUACGAAACCACUGCAAAGAAGAGCGGUGCCAUCAUCAUCCCCGAGUGCGGCGUUGAAUCCGCCCCUUCAGAUCUGAUCGCCUACGUCGCAACGCGCUUGGUCCGCAAGGUCUGGGACUGCGGUGUCAUGGACAUCGUUGCUUCUGUGCAUGAGCUGAAGUCGUCCGGUCCCAGUGGCGGGACUUUGGCUACCGGCCUGGGACUCAUGGACCACUAUUCCGCCAAAGACAUAAAGCAGUGCAUGGAUCCGUUCUGUCUGUCUCCCUCUCGUCUGAAGCCCUACACAAAAGACACCCUGUAUCCGCCGAACCCGGAGCCAAACACUUACAUACGCACCGGGUUGCAGAAGUUGACUGGUGUAUGGGCAUAUCCCCGUCUGGGCAAUCUGGCCACGUCCAUCACCGCCAAACCUAACGUAGCCAUCGUCCACCGCUCCGCUGGCCUGACCCCUUACUUCUAUGGGUUCAACUUCACCUACGAGGAAUACAUGGCCGUCGGCAGCCCCUUGGUUGGCCUGCUGAUUCACUUCGCCCUCAGCCUUCUGACCUUGUUCCUCGCAUUCCCACCGACUCGCGCCAUCAUGAAGAUGUUUGCAUCCUACAAGCCAGGUUCCGGGCCGACCAAAGAGUCCACGAAGGGUGACGCGCUCGAAUUACGUGCUAUCGCUGUCGCCGAGCAACUUGCCAAGCAGCCACGCAAAGCACUGGCAACCUUCCGCUUCGAGGGUGGCAUAUACCAGCUCACGGCAAUCCUGUUGGCGGAGGCCGCUAUGGUGUUGUUGAGCAAGGACGAGGAUAUCAAGAAGUCCCAUGGCGCUGGAUUCUUGACACCAUCUUGCUUGGGUGACGACUAUCUGGACAGACUAGAGAAGGCUAACGUAAAGAUUGGGGUACAACAGAUCGGUGACGUUGGAAGCAAGUAAGAUCGAAAUUGCCGACACCUUUAGAUCGACCAUGUACUAUUUCUGAAGCCAGGGGGAUUCAUAGGUCGAGCUUGAUGGAAGUGAUUGCUGAGUGUGCAUAUUUUCUGCCACACGAACCAAAGACGAGAGUUGGUGCUGGGAGCGCGUUGUAAAGACUAAUGAGCUUUGGGCUUUUCCUUGUAUGACUUGAGCUGCUGUAGAUUCCAAGGACGGAAAUUAUUUUACCUUGUCCUCACGUGGUUUCUCAGCCCAUUCUGAUACAGUACAUUGAUCCUAGGCAAUAGUGGUGUGCUCGGUUCGAACAUGACUGGGAGGGCCGAUGAAUUGAUAUAAUUCUG